AAAGCAGAGGCCUCCAGAGCAUCGAUGUGUGAAUUACUGUCACUCCACUAAAACAGCAAGCUUAGUUGUCACAGCCACAGACACCUCAACCCUGGAUCCCACGACUCUACAUUAAGCACUGGAGUAUUUAUUACUCUACUGUGGGAGAAAGCCUUUGCCAAUGCUUACAAGGAACUCUUUAUGCCUCUUUCUCUGGAUCCUGUUUGAUGGAGGCCUCCUAACCCCACUUCAGCCACAGCCACAGCCACAACAGACUUCAGCUGCGGAACCAAAAGAAAAUGUUAUCCACCUGUCGGGGAGACGAUCCCAUUUCCAACGGGUUAAACGUGGCUGGGUAUGGAAUCAGUUCUUUGUGCUGGAAGAAUACAUGGGCUCCGAACCUCAAUAUGUGGGAAAGCUGCAUUCUGAUUUGGACAAAGGAGAGGGCACUGUUAAAUACACACUCUCUGGAGAUGGAGCUGGCACGGUUUUUACAAUUGAUGAAACCACAGGCGACAUUCAUGCAAUAAGAAGUCUGGACAGAGAAGAGAAACCUUUCUAUACACUUCGUGCUCAGGCAGUGGACAUAGAAACCAGAAAGCCUUUGGAGCCUGAAUCCGAGUUCAUCAUUAAAGUGCAGGAUAUUAAUGAUAAUGAGCCAAAGUUUUUGGAUGGACCUUAUGUCGCUAGUGUUCCAGAAAUGUCUCCUGUGGGUGCCUAUGUGCUCCAGGUCAAGGCCACAGAUGCAGAUGACCCCACCUAUGGGAACAGCGCCAGAGUCGUUUACAGCAUUCUUCAGGGGCAACCUUAUUUCUCUAUUGAUCCCAAGACAGGUGUUAUUAGAACAGCAUUGCCAAACAUGGACAGAGAAGUCAAAGAGCAGUACCAGGUCCUCAUUCAAGCGAAGGACAUGGGAGGACAACUCGGUGGCCUAGCUGGAACAACAAUUGUCAAUAUCACCCUCACUGACGUCAAUGACAACCCACCUCGAUUCCCCAAAAGCAUAUUCCACCUGAAAGUCCCAGAGUCUUCUCCUAUUGGCUCAGCAAUUGGACGGAUAAGAGCAGUAGAUCCUGAUUUUGGGAAAAAUGCAGAAAUUGAAUACAACAUUGUCCCUGGAGAUGGAGGAAAUCUGUUUGACAUUGUCACAGAUGAGGAUACACAAGAAGGAAUCAUCAAAUUGAAAAAGCCUUUGGAUUUUGAAACGAAGAAGGCAUAUACCUUCAAAGUAGAGGCCUCUAACCUCCACCUUGACCACCGAUUUCACUCUGCUGGCCCCUUUAAAGACACUGCUACAGUAAAAAUCAGCGUGCUGGAUGUGGAUGAGCCACCAGUGUUCAGUAAGCCACUUUACACCAUGGAGGUGUAUGAAGACACUCCUGUGGGGACAAUCAUCGGGGCUGUCACAGCCCAAGACCUAGAUGUGGGCAAUAGUGCUGUCAGGUACUUCAUAGAUUGGAAGAGUGAUGGGGACAGCUACUUUACAAUAGAUGGAACUGAAGGAACCAUCGCCACAAAUGAAUUACUAGACAGAGAGAGCACUGCACAGUAUAAUUUCUCCAUAAUUGCAAGUAAAGUUAGUAACCCGUUAUUAACGAGCAAAGUCAACAUACUUAUUAAUGUCCUGGAUGUCAAUGAAUUUCCUCCAGAAAUAUCUGUACCAUAUGAGACAGCUGUAUGUGAAAAUGCCAAACCAGGACAGAUAAUUCAGAUAGUAAGUGCUGCAGACCGAGAUCUUUCACCUGCUGGGCAGCAAUUCUCCUUUAGAUUAUCACCAGAGGCUGCCAUCAAACCAAAUUUCACAGUUCAUGACUUCAGAAACAACACAGCUGGCAUUGAAACCCGGAGAAAUGGAUACAGCCGCAGGCAGCAAGAGUUGUAUUUCCUUCCUGUUGUCAUAGAAGACAGCAGCUACCCUGUCCAGAGCAGCACGAACACAAUGACUAUUCGAGUUUGUAGAUGUGAUUCUGAUGGGACCAUCCUGUCUUGUAAUGUGGAAGCAAUUUUUCUACCUGUAGGACUAAGCACUGGAGCUUUAAUUGCCAUACUACUAUGCAUUGUUAUACUCUUAGCCAUAGUUGUGCUGUACGUAGCAUUGAGAAGGCAGAGGAAGAAAGACACCUUGAUGACAUCUAAGGAAGACAUCAGAGACAAUGUCAUCCAUUAUGAUGAUGAAGGAGGUGGGGAGGAAGACACCCAGGCUUUUGACAUUGGGGCUCUGAGAAAUCCCAAAGUGAUUGAAGAGAACAAAAUCCGCAGGGAUAUAAAACCAGACUCCCUCUGUUUCCCUCGUCAGAGACCACACGUGGAAGACAACACAGACAUAAGGGAUUUUAUUCACCAAAGGCUACAGGAAAACGAUGCAGAUCCAGCUGCGCCACCAUAUGAUUCCUUGGCCACUUAUGCAUAUGAAGGAAAUGGGUCAGUGGCAGAGUCCCUCAGCUCCAUAGACUCUCUCACCACAGAGGCCGACCAGGACUAUGACUAUCUCACUGACUGGGGCCCCCGCUUUAAAGUCUUGGCAGACAUGUUUGGAGAGGAAGAGAGCCACAAUCCCGAUAAUGUUACCUAG